GAAGGUCCUGCAGCUGACUAGGGAAUAACAUCUCCGGGCGCUGGGUUAUGGAGUGUAUGGGCUCCCCAGAGGUCCAGGUCACGUGAAGAGGACCUGCUCAACGCCCCCACCCCAAGGAGUCCUCAGCCGGGCACCUGCAGAGCAGUGUGUGGGGGAGGUCCAAGGAUACAGGACAUAGGAGCCCCUCUGACAGAUGAGUCAGGAGACGUCCAGUAAAUGGAGCCUCCUCACUAGGACCCAUGUGAGGCUCUAGCCCCCAUCCCUGGAGCCAUGUAAGACCAAGCAGGAAGGCUACUGCCAGAGAAGAUGCUUAAGAGCCAGCAGUACAGGAAUCUCAAGAAAGCCCCAAGGAGGAGGCCAUAUUGCUGCGAUGCUUGCCCCAAGCAAUUUGAAACUCCUUCUAAACUGGCAAGACAUUACCUGACCCAUACCGGCCAGAAGCCCUUUCCAUGCCUGGACUGCAGUAAGACGUUCCGCCAGUUAGUGCACCUAGAACGACACAUGGUGACCCACAGGCUCCCUUUCCAAUGCAAUAUCUGUCUCCGCCACUUUAAAAAUUCAGAGACGUUUCUCAGGCACCAGCAGCUGCAUCAUUCGGGCCCCGUAAAGGAAGUGAGGUUGUCCAAGAGACCUUCCAGGCCUGUUCAGAAGAGCUCCUUCUCUGGACCGCUCUAUUGCUUUGGUUGCCAGAAAACAUUUGCGAGCGAAGAAAAGCGUUUGCUUCAUCACUGUGAUCUUAUGAACGUCACCAUGGUUAAAAGAAGCCAACCGCGGCGAUGCGAGUUCUGUUAUAAGAUGUUUCCUUCUCGCUCCAAGCUGGAGAGGCACUUAAUGAUCCACACAGGCCAGAAACCAUUCACCUGUGCACUUUGUGGGAAAGCCUUUAGACAGAAAACACACCUGAAAAUCCAUCAGCUCACUCACUCUCAUGAGAAACCCUACCAGUGCAAUCAAUGUGAGAAGUCCUUCAAGAUACCAGAGAAGCUUCUCAAACACCAAGAGAUGCACACAAACCCCUCAUUUGUCCACAGCCAGGAGAAGGGUCCCAGAACCGAACCUUUGGAAGUGAAGCAGGAGGAAGACGAGGGCCUCUGCAUAUUUCUUAUUCCUUUCCAGUGUUCCUCUUGUGGACAGCACUUUGAGGACAAGGACAUUCUGGACAGCCAUGAAUGUUUCAUAAAAACAGUUGUUUCUGAAAGUGUGAAUUCAGCCAGAAGACCUUCUAGUAGAGGAUUUGUCAAGAAAACAAACCUUCGUGAAUAUUACAUGGAUGGAGAUGUUCAUCCAAAUGUUUCAUAUCCAGCUGGGAGAUUUUUUCAAGCAGAGCACCUGGAGGAAUCCGAUCAUGUGGGCACCAAUGAAACAGAAACUCCACAGCUUGGUGUCCCUAAGGAACUGUUUAGGAAAGGGAAACCACGGGGGAAAAGUUUUAGGCAUUGUCAGGGAGACAUGGAAAUAUAUUUCCAACACCAACCGCUUAGGAUGAACUUCCCCGAAGUGCUGGAAAACCAGAAUGGUGAAACUAUUUGUGCUACAUUUCAUACUUAUAACCAAGGUCAACAUGGACAGGAGAGUCACUCGCUUCACCAAUUUCUUCAAGGAGCACAGGGCAUCUUGCUUCAAAGACACAAAAUGGCUAAAUGUGACCAGUGCAAUAAGACGUUCCCUUCCAAGUCUAAGUUACGCAGACAUUACCUCAUCCACACGGGGCAAAAGCCUUUCACAUGCACUGAAUGCGGGAAGACAUUUCGCCAGUCUUCUCACCUAAAACGCCACCUAGAAACUCAUGUCCAAAAAGUUCCUGUACUCAGAUCACCGGAGGGGCUGGAAGAGUGUUAUUCCACGUUUUGUCAGCAGCAGGCCGCUAGUUUCCCCUUGUCCCAGAAUUGUUACGACUCUGCGGUAAACACUGAAGAACUUGAUCAAGUAACAUCUUUUGUGGUUUCCGAUAUAAAAGUAGAAAGCGAAUCCAUGGAGUUGUCUCCUGGGGGUCAAACACGAGGAAUGCGUAAGCAGGCAAGGAUCAGUGUAUCUAAGAAGCGCAGUGCAAAAUCCCAUCAGGACCCUCCCCUGAAGAAAGUGAGGACUCGCGCUGUCCCGAAGAACUACAAGUGCAGCGUGUGCACCAAAACCUUCCUUUCCCCUUCCAAACUUGAGCGUCACUAUCUAAUGCAUGCUGGUCAAAAACCCUUUGAAUGUACGGAGUGUGGUAAAUCUUUCCGUCAGGAUCCUCACCUGAAACGGCACAUGCAGACUCAUAUUCGAAUGAAGAAGUAAACUGAAGAUGGUGGCAUCUCUCAGAGGACAUGUCCUCAUGUAGAGGGUUGUUUUUUUUUUUUGACAAUAACUAAAUUACACUUUAUUGCUUUGAGAGAAAAAAAAUUGUGGCCAGAAAAAAACUGUCCUUGUCCAGCAACCAAUCACAGUGCAGCUUCUGUUUUUCCUUAGAGGUUGAAGCUGAGUUCUGAUUGGCUGCUAAGGACGAGAACGCCAACACUUUGUGUCUGACAGUGUUGAUAAAUAUGGUUCAUUGUGUUUAUUGGUCUACUCACUGGUUAUAUAGCAAAAACUUAAAAAUUAAUAAGAUUACGGUGUAUUUCUGUUAAGGCUCUUGCACACGACCAUAGUAUUUUUUGCGGUCUGCAAAUUGCAGACCUGAAAAAGGCGGAAACCAGACGUGUGCGUUCCGCAUUUUGCACAACGGAACGUCCGACCCAUAAUAGAACAGUCCUAUCCUUGUCCGUAAUACGGACAGGAAUAGGACGUUCUAUAUUUUUGUGGAUGCUGUGGAACGGACAUGCGGACAGUACACAAGUGAAUGGGUCCACAUCCGACCCACGAAAAAUACGGAUCGGGUGCGGACCAAAAAUAUGUUUGCGUGGAUGAGCCCUUAUUGUAUUAUUUUGUGUGUUACACUGUGUAUUUCUAAGGCUUCGCUCUCAUCUCCGGCAGAGGAACAGACCACUGGAGUUACCGUAUCUGGCACUGCUGGAUCCCUAUUCACUUUCUGCCGGAAAUUACCGCUGCAUGCAUAGAUUGGCAAAACUGAGAUGUGAACGAAGCCUUAGAAUCUUUAGAUGUUCUGUUACCUUAUCUUUAUUGUGGAUGUAUUUUUGAUGUGAUUCUUGGGAAACUAAAGCACGUCUUAAAAAUAUAUGGGCAUAUACACUGAAAAAUGGAGGUGCCGAGUGGUCAAUCGGUGAACCUGAGCGGGGGUUCAUAUGCUGUAUGUCCAUAUAUUUAGUGCCGCAAAAGUGAGCUGAUCCUGUAAGAGUAGGAGAUCCUUUUGUUGGCAAAGGUUUGUCUGCUAUUGGUUCUGUUAACCCUAAGAUACUGGCCGCUGUUUAGUGUGUCCACUAUAUGAUGGUUUGGUAGAGUUUUCUACGCCAGUCUUUCUUUCAAAAAUACUGGAACCCUGUGCAAAGUCAAAACUGUAAUGUGAACAGAGCCUAAUGUGAAUUUUGCUGGCAUCUGCCCACAUUUUUGGCAUGAGAUAUACUGGACUUAAAGGGGUCGUCUCACUUCAGCAAAUGGCAUUUAAACUUAAUCCCAGACACUCACUAAUGUAUUGUGAUUGCCCAUAUUGCCACCUUUGCUGGCUGGAUUCAUUUUUCCAUCACAUUAUACACUGCUUGUAUCCAGGAGUUACGACCACCCUACAAUCCAGCAGCAGUGGUCGUGUUUGCACAGUAUAGGAAAAAGCGUCUGCCUCUCUGGUGGCCAGGACCACAGGAAUGUGCAUAGCCAUGCAUGCGCUGCAGCUCCUGUCCCUUGUAUCUGCGCUGCAGAGUGGUUGUAACCUCUGGAAAUGAGCAGAGUAUAAUGUAAUGAAUCCAGCCAGCAAAGGAGGCAAUAUGGACAAUCACAAUACAUUAGUAAGUGCCUGGUAUUAACCUUCUCUACAUGAUAAAUGCCAUUCACAGAAGUGAGACACCCCCUUUAAAUACAGCUGUGUGAAUGAACUCUAGGUUUAUAGAAGCUGUGAUUUUUUUUUUUUCUUUUCUCUUUUGGUAUCAAAACUGCUGUAUUUUGUUUAUUUUAUUAAUAUAACUUAUAAAUCUUCUGUAUUUAAUUUAGCUAUAACCUCUGCCAGUCCUCUAUAAAG